AUGUCGCUCCCAGUUGUGCUGCCGGGGUCUUGUUGUCCGGUUACCGGGUCUUCCCAGCUCCCAGAGCCAUCUUACAGAAACAGACCCCGUGGCUUGCCCGCUUCUUCUGCGGUGUCUCGCGUGCUGCUGCCCGGGCGGCCGCUGCUGUCGCUGGGUUUGUUGCAGCUGCUGCUCGGCGGCUCCAUGGUGGCGCUGUCCUUUGGAGCUCUGUCCCUCAGCAACUCAGCCCUCAUCCGAAACUCCUGUCCUUUCUGGGCAGGUUCCUCGGUGAUUCUAUCAGGCAUUGUAGGCCUCACCACAUGGAGACGGCCCAUGCUUCUACUGGUCAAUGUGUUUGUCCUGCUGUCUGUGGUGUGUGUGCUCCUUAAUCUGGCUGGAUUCAUCCUGUGCUGCCAGGGAGCCCAGCUGGUUUCCAGUAUGACCAGCUGCAAACUGAGUGAGGAUGGGCAUAUAUGUUACUGCUGCUCCCUUUCUCCCAGCUCCAAAUGUACAGAGGAAAAGCUGCUGGAGCUCCACCCUGCCCACAACUGCAGCACCAUGAGGAUCCUGCUCAAGAAGGUGUUGUUUGCACUGUGUGCUCUCAAUGCUCUGACCACAGCUGUGUGCCUCAUGGCAGCUGCUCUGCGAUACCUGCAGAUCUUCACAUCAAGAACACCCUGCAUGGAUGAGCCCAGGGCCACAGCAGAAGAAAGGGAGGAGCCUGCUCAGGUCCCAGAUCCAGAUGAGUUUGUGGCCCCAGCCCCACCUCCCUCCUACUUCUCCACUUUCUGCUCAUACACACCACGCUUGGCUCGCCGGAUGCUUGGGGACAGUGUGAUCCCUCUACCUCAUAUCUAUGGGGCUCGGAUCAAAGGGGUUGAGGUCUUCUGUCCGUUAGAACCACCACCUCCAUAUGAGGCUGUUGCUGGAAGCUCUAACAAUGCAGUCAUAGAGGAGACAGAGAGUGCUCUGACAGCGCUGACUGUGAAUUCAACUACCACUCCACCAGGUGCCUCUGUUCAAGACGUGAGUCCUCCAAUAGUAUCUGUGUUGUCAGGGGUCAUUCCACAGGCAAAUCCCCAGCUCUGGCCUCCUCCUCAGCAGCAGCAACACAUUCCAGCACUGAGCUUCUGGAAGAAAGCAAGGAUCUGCCGCUCCAACAGUGACCCAGUGUUGAUGGACCUUGCUGCUAAAGUGUGGAGCAGCAGUGAUACUCCCCUCACUCCAUCUCCUCAGACCACAGAUUCUUCCACCCAGACCUCCCAGCCCACACUAACUGCCAACACACAGGGCCAGGUCACAUUGCGACAGGGCAACAACAUCAGUAGGACACCCCGCCGGCCCCGACCCUCCUCCAUGGUUGACUACCAGAGCUACAGGCAUACGCAGCAGCUGGUAAGGAAAAUCCUGGAGCAGCCAGCCUCCCAGGGUCUGGCCCCCGAGGUCCAAGAGCUGGUGGAUAGCAUACGAAAUGUCCUGCAGUCAGAUCAGGAGCACAUGAAGGAGGCUGUACGCUGUGCCAGUUACAUAGAACAGGUGUUCACUGACGCAGAGAUGGGUCCCAGUCAGCCUAAACAUUCCCAGCAGUGGCAGCCAGCUGGCAGCUCCUCCCAGACUUUGUCCUGGCCCCUCAGGAGAAGGUCAGGUCUGCUGCACCUGCAGAGCUGUGGGGACCUUAGCUCCUUCACCUUUGCAGCACUCGAGUCACUGGAAUAUCGAGGAAAUAGAAAAGUGGUGUCAAGGACAGGAUCUAGAUUAGCUUCAAGGACAGGGUCCCCGCUGGGUCACCCCGGUCGCCCUCACAGUCUGAUCGGAGUCUUUAAAGAGACAGUAAUUUGAGGAAAAGCCAGUGUUACUGGCAUAUGUUGCAUGGCAACUUAGCCACACGCUGGCCUAUCUUUUCCUAGAUUUUGAGGAAAAACCUUAUAACCACUGGACUGCAAAUCUAGCCACUGUGGAGGACCUGAGUGUGUGUAGAUGAGUGUGUAUGAGUGCAGGUUUAAGAAUAUUUUUGCUCUUCUAAUGCUGGUGUUUUUUGUUUUUGCGUGCGUGUGUGUGUCUGUGUGUGAAAUACAAAAAAACAUGGGCACCUUGUGCCAAAACAUAGUAACUUGCAUUCAAGGUUCUGGAUGCGUUCUAAACAUUUGCUGAGAUCUUAAGAUUGCAUUUGUGCCAGUCAUCUCAGUACAACUGUACAUGACAACAGUUCUUUUAAAUGUAUCUUGUUACUUUAUGGUCAGAUACUGAUAAAACCACUUCUUUUUUAUGGGUCUAUCAUUUCUUAAUAAUUUCUAAAAAGUUUCUUGGAAAGAAAUUUGGUACCAAUUUUAUUAAACUAAACUGAGAACAAGUAUACAAAUUGUAUUGCUAAUUUUCGUAUAUUUUAAAUUGUAUGCUUCUCUGUAGACAAAUUCAAAUUUUAUUCCACACACUUAUCUGAAAAUCACAAGCCAUUUGAAAAAAGUGUUCCAAUGCAAACCCACCACGGAAACAUGGUUCUGUAACAAACUGGACAGAAAAAGUUAGCACGGUUAAAUCAAAAGUCUGAUCAAGAGUCUGGACACCAUGCCUCUUUUGUGGGGCAGAGUGAGGUUAUAUAAAUAAGAAUGAUGCAGCACAGCUAACAUGAUAUCUCCCUCUGUUUUGGACACUGCCACUCACUGAAAGGUCAGCACUGUCAGGGCAGUGUUAUGAUUGCUCACUCGCAGGAGCGGGGUGAGCAAGCAGGCGGGACUCAGGAGGCAGACACACGGUUCUAACACAAGAUCUUAUUAGAAGCAAACAGCAGGUGAAUAGUGACAGUAUUUGAGAAGAGGUGCUGAGACUGGGGAUGAGUAGGCUCCUCAGGAAAGAGAAUUCACAGGAUGUCAUGAGGAGGGGAAGACCAGGGAGAGGAGUUGGGUGUUGCAGUUUGAGGCAGCAAGCUCUGGCAGCAGAGAGCACAGGUGGUAGUGGCUUAUGUUGACUGACCUGAGAGCAGAGGGGGAAGAUGCCAGCCAGGAGAGAUAAAGCAAGUGUUGCUGGAGAGCUCGGAGGGAGACGAACAGGGAUGGCGUGGCUAGGAGGCUGGAGAGACAUGAAGAGUUGCAGGAACAGAACGUAGUAGGGAGAGUCGAUAGGGAGAUCCAAAGUGUCGUGGAAGUAAUCCACAAUGUACUGGCACUGAAGGAGCAUCUGCCAGAAUCUUAAAUAGGAGGUUGGUGAUGAAGCAACUAGUCUUAGCUGUGUAACUCAGCACAGCUGUGUGCCACGCCCAAGACAGAGAGCCUGCAGAGAGGAGAGAGGGAGAGAGAAAGAACAAGGAGAGGCAGUUUGCAGAUGGCACAGAGUUGUACAUCAUUGUUACUUAGCAUCAUGAGAAAGCUCCAAAAAGAUUUAGUGUAAUUAGCCUCUGCAAAUUAAUUUUGGCACAUCCACUGAUUCCUCUGUUUAUAAAUGACCAUCUACUCAGUCCUCAGACAACUCCAGACAGUUGUGUGCUUACAGGGCUGGUUGUGCAUGUUAAAUUAAGUCUGAUUACUGUAAAUGUGGUUGAAUUACCUUGAACUACUAUUACUACUACUACUACUACUACAGUACUGCUACUAUUUAGUGCUUACCAGUGGAACUGUCUGUGGUUGUGUACUGUUUGUUUGUAUUGGUGACAGUAGUUGUAACUAUGUUUAUGGCUCAUUCUAGCUAUAGCUACAUAUCAUGAAACAUAUGGGGAACUUACACUGUUAUGUGUGUGAGAAGCUGUUUAACCAGAGCAGAGAUCCCGUGCAUGUACAGUUCAGAGACUAUACACACUAACGGUUGUUUUUCACAUGGACGUCCCCCUCCUUUACACAUCCAUGCGUACCCCACACAUUUCAGGAGAAAGAAACCCGUGACCCAGUGGAGCCGUGUGGCUCACUGGUGUGUUUCAGUAGUUUUUGAACAACAGUUCAGGUCUACAGCACAGCCCAAUAAGCUAAACCAGGGUCUCGAUUCACAGACAUUAUGAUGAAUACAGCAAGUGCAUUGUUGGUUUUAGUCUUUGUAUGUGAUUUCUGGGAAAUAACCAAACCACAGAAAAUCUGCAGCCUUAUCCUUUAACACCCCCCGUGAAUCAGCGUGUAGGAAAAUGACGUAAAGCCUUUCUCGCUGCCUUCUUACUAGCACCUUUACUGGCCUAAUACUACAGUAUGUGAAAACACUUCAGUUAAUGACAGCCUCCUCCUAAUUGCAACAGUCAUAGUUGCUGGAAAAUAUUUAAGCUGCAAUUAUACAUUUGCUGCUAGGGAAAUGUUAUGUACCUGACCUGGUUAUGUUCAUGUAUCAUGUCUGGCAUGCUUAUCAUCAGUGUGUUGUGUGUAUUGUUUGGGCCAUUCUGUUCCUGUCAUAACUAACAGAAUACAGGCAGGCUGUGUAGGAGUUGAUGCUAUGCUCAUGUCAGCAUUAAGGGUUGUGGAUGAUCCAAUUGAACUAUGCAGGCUUACAUCCAGCUGCAGUUCCAGGAUGCUAAUGUUCAUUUAAUCUGGUCACCAUGACCCACUGUCAUAAAAAAUGUCAUUAGGAUGUUAUGAUUGUGUGACUAAAGGUCUGAGAUGUCUGUAAGAUUACAUUUAAGCAGGAUGAGUGUGUUCAGAGUCAUCAUACGUUCUAACUGUCCAGACAGGAUAUCUUACUUCAUUCUGCCAGUGCCUGUCUGUGUCUUCAGUUGUCUCCCGGGAAAACUCGUUUGAUUUCUCUAACCUGCAUUUGUUCUGGGAACACAUCAGUGUGAAGUGACCUGCUCAUCAAUCUGUCUCAGUUCUUUCUCAUCAUGGUGUGUGUGAAAGUGCAGGGUUAUGGUGCCCUACCACCUUAAUUAUGGUAAAGUUAAAAUAUGCAGUUUAAGUCUUCAGAGAGCCAGAAAGUACCAAAGAAAAAUCCACCACAACAUGUAUGUAGUUGAAGUAAUUCAUUUAAUCACUGACCUUAUACUUGACACUUUUAAUCUUCUGAGUAUGUUGGUUCACACUGUGUGCAGAAAUUGAAUGUGUGUGAGCGUAAUUAUUUGUUUUUGCUGCAGAAAGCGGAGUCUUCCAAGGUGGUUUUAGAUAAGACAGAAGCAGUCUGGAUUCUCACAGGAACUGCUCAGGAUGUAAUGUGGAAAGCUGAAGGUCAAGAGGCUACACUGUAUGCUGAUGGUUUCUUAUGAAUGCUUUUUUUGUAAGUUCCCUGAGGAGACAAUAUGACUGUUAGGCACUGAGGCUGGAUAUGUCAGAGGGUACAUGAACUUCACUACAACUAUAUUUGUUGCUCACUCACUGAAAGUGCUGCUUCCCAUGUACAUGCAAUAAAUGAACCUGUUAAAUAGGUUUUCCAUUACAGCAGCUGUCUGUGUUUGUG